CUACGCGCACGGCACUCUCGCGAGAGCGGUGAGGCCCGGCGCUGCAGCCAUGUCUACCGCUAUGAACUUCAGCGCCAAGAGCUUCAAACCGCGGCCGCCAGACAAGGGCGCCUUCCCGCUGGAUCACUUCGGAGAGUGCAGCGCCUUCAAGGAGCGCUUCAUGCAGUGCCUCCGCGACAGCGGCUUCGAGAGCGGCGCGUGCCGGGAGCGCGCCAUGGCCUACCUGCAGUGCCGCAUGGACAGGCAGCUCAUGGCUAACGAACCACUGGAAAAGCUGGGAUUUAAAGAUCUGCUGGAUGAGAAGUCGGAAGCAGAACCUGGGAAACAGUGACGAAGAAAGAACUUUUCCUCUCUCUGCUUUACCUCACGUACGGGAGGAGUAACUCCUGUGUAGUACGUAUUGGGCCUGUAUUGCAACAGGAAGUGCUUUGGGGAGGAUGUUUUUCUUCCACAAUAUUCUUUUUUCAAAUCAGAUUGUUAAGGUGAGCCAAAGUGCUGCCUUUGUUGCCUUUCCUCCUCCAGCCUGCUCCUAAAGGUCACUGUAGCACUUCACGUGGCAGCAAACAGUGGUUGCUGAAGUGUUCUCCGUGUCUGCAGGGGCAGUAAGCUCUUGCUUUAAAAAAAUGACAGCACAACAACCCUCCACCUCAACUAUAGGUUAUUGCUAUGUGGGCAUUACUAAUCUGCCUGCAGCAGGCACCUUUCGGGUGGAAAUAAAGCUGUUGUGGUACUUGCAAAUUUCUAUUUAAUUUUCUUUUUUUUGGGUGAUCUCCUUUCCAGGCUGCAUUUCCAGCAUCACCAGUAGGUUUUUAUUUACCAUGCCAACGUUUGACCUUUAUUUCAUCAUUUAACCAGUAGUUGUUCGUUACAGUUGCCUUUGUUUCUCCACUUAGUGCUGCCAUGUUAUUUUUCACAUCCUUAUGGUGAAAUCAGAGGGAAGAUGGCAAUGGUAUUUAUUGGUCUUUGAAGUAAAUGUGAAUUAUUUAUAUAAA